AUGAAAAGAAACUUCAUUAAACAAUGCAAAGUUUGUGGAACAAAAGAUAAAGUUUGUUUUCAUUAUGGUGUUCGUUCAUGUAGGGCUUGUGGGGCUUUUUUCAGGCGUUAUCUUGAAAACGAAAAUAAAUUUCAAUAUAGUGAAUGUAAUUAUAAAUGUUUGCAAGAACAAUUUUCAAAUGAGAAUAAAAACGAAAAAUCCGAAACAAGGUUGGCAGAUUGUAAAAAAUGUAGACUUGAAAAAUGUUUUUCUAUGUUGGAUAUGUACGACAAGAUAUACAUAUGCCGGGAAGCGAUGGAAGAACAAAUAAAUGAAAUUAACCUUCAAAAUCCUUCAAUUGUCGACAUAUCCAUCAAAGAUGAACAAGAAAUUGCCUCAAUUUUACCAAUUAUUGAAGCCAAAAAACGUAUUAUGCAUGCAUUUGAUGAUUUGGAUGAUAUAUUCCUUAAAGGCCCGAUUUUGUUUGAAGAAAUAAUUUUAUCAAAUUUUAAUAUUUUUCGUUUAACUGGGAUUUUUUCGCCAAAUCCAAGUCCAAUACCUUUUGAUGAAUUAAAAAGUUGGGAAUCUUCAUUUCUAAAUGAAGGAUUAUUUAAUAGUAGAGUUCAAAAAUGCUUAUUAGUUGACAAACUUGUGAUUGUUGGUAUAGCUAAAUCUUUUCCUGUUUUUGAAAAAUUGGCUUUAUCUGAUCAAGUAUAUAUAAUCUAUAUGAAGAAGUAUAAGAAUUUCGACACAGAGUACCGCGUUAAUCCCAUCCUCCCUUAUGAUAUUGUUCUUAAAUUUCUCAGACCUAAACUUUUAAAAUCAGUUUCGUUACACCCCUGGCAUAACGGGUGUGCAAAAUAA